AUGGAUUCGGCGCCGAGCUACAGGAUUCCAGCAGGAUUUGAGCCAGAUUUUGCGGAGGAUUUCAAGGAUCCGACGGGGAUACCAGCUUUCCUAGCUCAGGGUUUAAGUCAUGCUGUGAGCAAACUCCAUCACUUCCGUUUCAUCCUCAAAGAAGUCCUCAUUCUUGAUAGUAUCUACGAAAUGGAUGAAGCUCCAAACAGCCAGCUGGUGGGCGAGGACAGCAAUCUGUUAAGACCCAGAAAACCUGGACAGCGAGCGGGGUCGUUCCAGCAACCCAGGCAUCAAAUCUCCUUGUUGAAAAUUGCAAUACAGCAGGUUGCCCUUUCUGGAAUUCCGGGACAGCCUGCUCCUUGUUCUAUGGGAUUUGCAACCGGUGGGAAGACUUUUUUCUUGUGGGGAGGCUGCAUGAUGAUGCAUGCAGAAGAUUUCAGAAAGGAUGCAUAUGGUGUGGUCACUGGACUUCGAGAUGGUGGAUACUCAGAUGAUAUGACUCUUGCAGCAAUAGCCGGGGCUCACAAGAAGCUUAUUUUUUCACCACCUGUGGCUGUAUUUCCCCAUCCUCUUCAAAGUGAUCUUACCUUCCCUAGGUACUGGAACUACCUCAGGAAGCAAACAUUUGUUUUGGAAUCAUAUAUUGAUAAUGUUAACUGGAUGAUGAACCGUGCACUGUUUUCUUCACACAUCUAUUUAUCAUGGUCAUUUGUUGUGCCAUACUUUAUGGCAAUGAUGCAUAUAGGAGCAGCAUUAAGAGCACCAUAUAGCAAAUAUCCAGUCACAGAAAAAACCUCAUCCUAUGGCCUGCCUCUAUCGGGCUGCUUGGCUGUAUGCACUAUUGUGGAACUCCUUGCUAUGUGGAACUUAACUAAAGUGGAGGUCCAAUUGUGCAACAUGCUAUCUCCGGAGGGGCCAAGAGUCUCACUGCGGUCGUACAAUUGGGGACUUGUAUUUGUUGCAAUGCUGGUGGACAAUUUUUUAUAUCCCAUAUCUUCAAUGCGAUCACACUUUUCACAAACUAUCAACUGGUCUGGUAUUCGAUACCACUUGAAAAGAGGGAAAGUAGAUAAGAUUGAAAGACUCAAUGAGAAAGGUUCUAAAUUUUCCGACCUUGGAGGAAAAAACUUGUAUGGAUGGCCAGGCCAAUUGAAUGGCUUGUUUCUUUGGUCUUUCUCAAAAGGUUUUCAACAGUGGAACCACACUAAGAAAGGCACAUAGCAAUCUUUGGUUUGCUGGGAACCGUCAUGCAGUGACUCAAUUCUUUCUUUCUUUGUCCCUCUAAUUAGGUCAGUGAUUCGGAUCCCUUAGAAGAUUCGUCUGCUCUGAUGCCAUUUUUUUUUACUUUCUUAAGCUUUUCUAUUUCUAGGAAUUAUUUUCAAUCAAUUGAUUCUUCCAGCGUUCAGGUCUCGUUCGCUGUAUUGUAUUCCAUUUGUAUCACUAGUUAUUCCGCGUGCAAGCUUUUUUUUAUUUUUUUUUAUUUUCAUGAGAUAAUUAUACAUUAUUUGAUUUUCAACAAAGCUUUUGCCAGUUUGAUCAGACGCUGCUUCGAUAUUGAUGUA